AUGGCAUCAAGCAACCCAAUUCCAGUAAACCCGCGGCCGAGCGACCUGACUUUCGGCGUAGAGCUAGAGUUUCUAGUUCCCUACCUUGGCUCAGGCGAUGCCGAUCCUCAUGGUGACGUUGCGGGCUUACCUCCGGUCAUCAGAGUAGAUCCUGGCGAGUCGCCGAAGAUCAUAGUUACCGAAAUCCUUGAGAAGUUGUUUGACAAGCAUGGCCUCCCCACCAGGAUCACCCCCCGGAUGCACAAGCAUACCAACUUUUACGUCAACAACAUGAUCCAACACUUGGGAUCGUGGGACAUUACACACGACAUAACUCUCCAGGAGUUUGAGAUGAACGAAUAUAAGUGGAUGAGCGUCGAGGUCCGGUCCCCGGCGGAGCGUAACAUUUCCGUGGCCUUUGACGCCCUCGAGUAUGCCAGAAAUCUUAUAAUCAGCACGUAUAGAACGCGCGUGAACCUGACCUGCGGACUCCACGUCCACGUCGGGUCCUGCGCCGAGUUCUUUCCUCACGGCGCUGUACGGCGUAUUGCUGCCCUGAGUUGGGCAACCGAACACUUAUUGCUGACGCUCUGCCACCCGUGGCGGCGAGCAAACAUUUACACGGAAACAUUGCGUGGAAAUAGCCGUAUAGCGUCAAACAAUCUCGAUGAGGAGAAAGAUCACUCGGAGACACAACGGGAUGGCCUCAUCGUCUCGGACGAAACAGAGAUCUGCGCGCAGUACCUCGCGACCGAAGUGCGCCACGGCGAGAGGCCGAUAUCCUGGCGAGAGCGUAAUUCCGAGGUCAACACACAGGCCAUGGUGGAUCGUUUUAUACACACCCGUGAAGAAGGCCACUAUGAGCCGUUCGACGAUCCGGCUCUGCCGGUUGACCCCGCGCCUCCGCCGUACGACGGGAUGAGCCUCGCGGGUUUCGUCGCGGCGAGAGUCGCCAAGGCCACCGAGAAAGUAACGCAAGCCCGAGAAGCGGGGACAGCACCGGCUCCUGCACCGGAGCGCACGCGGCGGACGCCGCGCAUCAAGAGCCCGCACUACACGGCCGACAUGCUGCACGCGCUCGGCCCUGACGAUAAGCGCUACGCAAAGAGCACACUGCCAUUAAACACGUUCGUAGAUCAGCCGAAGUUGGGCGUGUGGCCGGGUGUGGCGAGGAUCUACGAAGCGAAGUCGAGCUGCGAGAUCCAGUGGCGGCUGGAGACGUCAGCUCGGGGGUUCGUCAACUUCGACGGAUACCGCUGCGACGGCUUCGGAGCCCCCAUGGCGAGGCGCACGAUCGAGUUCCGCGGCGCAGAAGGUACGUUGACCCCCUGGGUUGAGACGUGGGCGAAGAUCGUCGUUGGCCUGGUGAGGUUUGCGAUACACGCCCCCGUGGAUAGGUUCCUGCAGGUCAUCGAGAUGUGCGAUGUCGCGGAGCGCGAGGACGGCAGGUAUGAUGUCGUGGAUUUGCUGGAGGAUAUGGGGCUUUUUGCGGAGGCAGUGCAGGCCGAGCAGAAGAUCAAGGAUAAUUUAACGGCCUGGGGUUUGGAGUAUGUGGAUGGGGGAGAGGCUCCGCAUUGAGUAACUAAGCUCGGUAAUAUGCGCUUUUUUCUCUGUUUUCGAGCUGGGUACUCGUUUAGGUAGUAAGUUACGAAGGAAUCUAGUAGCCGCGAACGUCGAU